AUGGUGUUAGCUGCGGCCAGCCUCCGCCAGAAGAAUCCGGCACCAGCUUCCGAUUGGGCCAAGUCAAAGCUUGGAGGAUCGGACGUGCUGUUGUUGAACAGAGUGAGUAUUCCCUUGUCCAGGAAAGAUGUCCCAGAUAGUACAGUGACCCAACACAUCAGAGAAGUCUGGGGUGGGUAUCCUACUGGAGUCAGCAGCGACGACAUCAACAGAGAGACAAAGAAGGAGUUCAUCGCCCUAAAGAACAGACUUCAAGAGAGCGCCAGUUCCCGGUGGAAGAGCGAAAUAGUUGCCAGGGCAAGAAACAACGGUGUCCACAAGGCAGGGAGAAAUAAAGACCUUGUUGACAUGUUUGAAGACCUAGUCAGGUUGCUGACAAUUGACCCUGACUUGGACAUUGACAAUGUUGUGAAAUGCGGGAGCGUGGUCUACCCAAUUCUCAACUCAAACAAGGAAAAGACGGUGAAAGAAAUUGUGGAAGCCCUCACAACCGAAUUUGGUAUUAGGUACCGAGACAACACUGCCUUUGGUGCAAGAGAUGCAGUGUACCAGUUGGUUGUCAAGAACUCACUCCAGACCAUUCGCAAGAACUUCAACAAGCCAACCAACAAGAAACUCAAGGAUAAGCGUCUAUACUUGAACGAGAACCAGAUUGAUGGGAGCUGCGAGCUUUUAGGCGGAAGGAGGGUGAGCAGCGACAUUGCAUUCUCAUACCACAACAUUGGGAAUCUAGACAAAGCAUGCAGUGUCCUAGCUGGCGUCAAAGGUAAAGUCGAUAUGGUCAAGAGAGCUUCAGAACGGGCAUCAACUUGCGGUGCAUCUAGAAGACCAUCAGUCGAGAGUGCGGAACUGCCUCCUCGAAGAGCUAAAAAUCAGAGGAAAACGCCCUCCACAUCAGCUUUCUCUUCCAGUUCCUCUAACAGCAGCUCUUCUACCAAGAUAUCUUUAUCUAGCCAGCAUGAUGAUCCGGAUAUUUGCUGUGCCGCUUCAAACGCAAGCACCAUUUGCUCCGACACAUCCCGCCAUGAGAAUUUGCAAGCUGCCCCGCCCACUCAAGAGAUCAUACCCCCCAGCAGUAACGAUUUCUCCGAGUUCAUGCCAUUCACCGGUGAUGUUGGAAACACACCGAGGACAUUUCAAAUGAGUGAUACAACCCUUCCGGAGCUUAUUUCCACCGAAGAAUGCAUUGCCCUCAUUGAACAAGGCAAUGUGGGCCUUGUUCAGCGGCGUGUAGACCAGGAUAAGUACACAGCCAUAGGCAAUGGGGACAUGCACCAGAAGCAAAACAGUCAGUCCCGAAUCUUCUCUAGUACUACCUGUCCACCACCUCCGCAAUUCCAGUCAAGCUUGUUCAGGGAGCAGGACUCUGCUCUGUUCAGAUGUGACAGCUACAUCAACCAUCAUGGAGGCCCUGGCCCGUCUGACAAGGUAUGA